GCCCAGCCAGGGUUUUAUUUGCUGAUCUUUGAUUUCCGGAGAUUCUUAGCUAUCUAGCGUGUCCGGAGAAAAAUGAUGACGAUGGGAUGCCUUGAGAGUCAAGAUCUCCACCAUGCACCCGGCGGCGGCGGCGGUGACGGCUGCUUGUUAGAUGAUCUCUCCGCCGCGGUGGCCGGAGACGGGGACGAUUUCGAUGCGAUGGAGAUCUGGCUCGAAGGCGGCGUAGAUCACCACCAGGAGCACCGCCCUCAUGACUUCCCUCCCCUCCCCGCCGCCGGCGAUUACUACCCAUGCAUUUCCUCGUCCUCCUCUACUUCCUCCGCCCCGGCCCCCGGCCACCCCAAGCCCUCUUGCUCUUCCAGCGCCUCUUCCUCCUCCUCCUCCGCCGCCUCUUGGGCUUUUCUCAAAUCCGACCCCGAGGAUUUGGAACCCGCCGCCAACAAAAUCCACCUCCCCUCCGCUUACGCUCCCAGCGCGGCGGCGGCGUCGUCUUUCGACCCGACGCCGCUGCCGGAGGAGAGCUUCACGGAAGACGACUGCAUCGACGUGCUCGAUAAUCUCGGAUACAUGGACGACUUCAUAACCGGGGACACGGAUUUGUGGGAAAACUGUUCCAUUUUCCCCACCACCGCCGCCGCCCCGGAGGAAUGCCAAACCGCUAUGGCUGCGGAGGCCAAGGGGGAGAUCAUUACUUACCAUGAAGAGGAAGAAGAGAAGAAAGAGGCGGCAGCGGAAAGCCCGGAGCUGCCGUUUCUUCAGGGGAACGGCGAGCUGGCGGCCAUCUUCUUCGACUGGCUGAAGCAGAACAAGGACCACAUUUCGGCGGAGGACAUGAGGAGCAUCAAACUGAAACGGUCCACCAUCGAGACCGCCUCGAAGCGGCUCGGCACCUCCAAGGAAGGGAAGAAACAGCUCUUGAAGCUCAUCCUCGACUGGGUUCAGCAGUACCAGCUUCAGAAGAAGCUCAGAAGCGGAGGCCAAGCCGAUGAGGCCGAGCCGCUACUUCUUCCUCCUCCACCCGGGGACGACGGGGCCUGCUUUUAUCUCCCGCCUCCCUUUACCCCGUCGGAUCCGGUGGGGCACGCUCAUCCCCCGCCCUUUUCCGUAUUUCAUCCGCCGCAGCAUUACGUUGCGGCGGAUUCCUACGGUAACUACGGGGGAGGAGUGUCGUAUUGUCAUUUUCACCAGCAGAUGGAUUCGAACCAAUCGUGGCCGUCGUCCUCCGAGUUCCCGGCGUCGUCUCAGCCGUUUGCCACCCCGUUCCCGGAUAACGAAGGCAAUACAACAGUGGCAUCCGAGCAAGGCGGGUAUCCUUUCCCGCUUUUGGACGUCGUGAACGGGGAGAGGGUGGGUUCCUCCGCGACGAAAGAAGCGAGGAAGAAGAGAAUGGCGCGGCAGAGGCGUUUGGCGGGUAAUCACCACCACCACUUCCGCCAUCAGAACAAUAACACAAUGAGAUUGGCUGGCGCGGUUGAGAAUUGCGGAGUGGUACUCCCUCUCCACCGUCAUCAAGCUAUUAAUAGUAACAACUUUGGGAAUUGGAUGUACUGGUCCCCCGCCGCCGUUUCCGACCCUCGACCGCCUCCUCCCCCGAUGGUCGUGGAGGCUCCCCAGCCACCUCAGGCGGAGAGGCAGCCGCCGGUGCCGGUGGCGCAACCUCAUCAUCAGAACAAUAAUCCAAAGCAAGGCUCAUCGGAGCGACGACAGGGAACCAAAACGGAGAAGAAUUUGAGGUUUCUGCUGCAGAAGGUGUUGAAGCAAAGUGACGUUGGCAGUCUUGGAAGGAUUGUGCUCCCAAAGAAAGAAGCAGAAACUCAAUUGCCUGAACUAGAAUCACGGGACGGGAUUUCGAUUGCGAUGGAAGACAUUGGCACUUCGCGUGUGUGGAACAUGAAGUAUAGGUUUUGGCCGAACAACAAAAGCAGAAUGUACCUUCUCGAGAAUACUGGGGAUUUCGUCCGGGCAAAUGCACUUCAAGAAGGAGAUUUCAUUGUGAUAUAUGCGGACACCAAAUCCGGAAAAUACGUAAGCUAGGCUGCAAUUUUUUUUAAAUUAUCGUUAUAUAUAUUAACUUCGUUCUUGAGACAUAUUCUGAGGGGAGAGUUAAGCGUAACGCUUACAUUCUCGACAUGGUAUGUGAUCACAUUAUAUAUAUUUGUGCUUGAUAACGUGUGCAGCUGAUCCGCGGAGUGAAAGUGAGACCGAACGGGCCAAAAUCGGACAUCAUCAAGAAACAGACCGCAAGAAAAAGCACCCGCCCUU